AUGCGCAUCCGCUGCCUCGACGCGGCGGUGAUCGGCGCAUACCUGACGUUCCCCUACGUAGAGGAGGAGGUGGAGGAGCACAAGAUCGGGAAGAGAGUGAUCAAGUGCGCCGUCUGCCUCAACAAAUUCGAGGACGACGAAACGCUGCGUUUGAUCCCGAAGUGUAACCACAUCUUCCGCACCCUCGGUGAUUUGACACCUGGUUCGAGUCACACGUCACCUGUGAUACCUGCCUCUUCGUUUGGGAGAUCUCCACGUCCUCCACCACGACCACUGCCACGAGCAUCGCUUCGUCUGCCGCCAUGUCUACGUUCAGCCAUUGAUAAUCAACCUGGAUCGUGA